AUGUUCGCGGAGCUCUAUUCGGAUAGUUUCUCUACAGGAGGCUACAAAUGGAGGAUAUUGAUUUUCCCUAAAGGGUACAACGUUGAUUAUUUGUCAAUAUAUCUCAAAGUUCCUGAUUUGGCAACCUUGCCUAAAGGAUGGUCUAGAGAUGCCCAGUUUAGCUUUUCUGUCAUAAAUCAGAUUGAUAGCAAAAACACAAUCAAAAUAGAUACACAACAUGUAUUCAAUGCAAGUAAGAGUGUUCGGGGUUUCAAAUCAUUUAUUCUUCAUAGUGAACUCUCUUCUGCUAAGGGUUUUAUUUUGAAAGAUACAUGCAUCAUUGAAGCAGAGGUAAGGUUGAAGAGAAACGAAGAAGAUGCAGCACGCUCGAUACUGUCAAAAAGGAGGAACAAUCUAAGGAUUCCAAGCCACCCGAUUCACGAGACGAAACUCCAGAUGUGCACGGGAAGUGAGCACUGUCUGAUAUCAGUUAAUGUGCCUCUGCCCCUAGAGCAAUCAAUACCCUCAGCCAAAAUUAAAGAACAGUCGGAACAAGAACCUGUUCUGGAGAAAACUAGAGUUCGUACUCAGGCUGAAGAUGAUCCCUUUCGCAAUAAUGAAAAUCCUAUUACUCGGUCAACAGUACUGGAAAGUGAGGAAGUUUCAACUCUUAAGGAGAAGGAUACACAAGAAGAAACUAAAAUGGUCGUGACCGGCCAAUCCCUCCCUCUUGUCAAUCAGUCAAGUGCAGAGCCUCCCGGGGAGCCAACUGUUGUAGAAGCAGGAGAAAGAUCCUCUUCAUUUGCUGAGUUUGAUAAGUUAUUUACUGACAUUCAAAAUCUAUUGGGAGGAGAGAGUUCUAAGGCAGAAAAUUUCAGCAGCCUUUUGCCACCUUCAUGUAGUGUUGAGGAGAUUGCUAGUGUCAUCCAAUUGGACAAAGCUCCUGUGCUCAAGAAUUCACUUUCUAUCAUGCUAACUACCGGCAGGUUUCCUAGUAACAUGGUAGACAGGACAACCAAGUUUCUAGCCGACAUUGACGAAAGUUGUGAGACAUAUGAAUCUGCAAAGCAAGACAUUAGUGUGGCCCAAGAGGAUGAAAAGAGGAUGAAAAGAGAGUAA